AUGCUUCUUCGAUUACCGUCGAGUCUCCACUACCCCAUCACCGUUACGUCGUUGCUGAAACAACCCGGUGAUGAGGUGGAGAGGGAUGAGGCGAUAUUCUGGUAUGUGUACCAAACUACCGUUACAGAAGGGGAUGGGUUGGGAAACAAGGUCGAUGUGAAGCGAAGUUUCCCGACGCGGUUUGAAUCGACCGUUGAUGGGUCGAUUGUGCAGUGGAAAAUUACUAAAGGGGACAUUAUUGAUGAACCUGUUGAUAUCGUUGAGAUAGAUGAGCCAUGCGCACACGAAGUGCAGUAUGGUGGGCUCUGCGCUGAGUGUGGGAAGGAUAUGACCGAGGCGACGUAUAACACGGAGGUCACGGAUUCUAUGCGCGCACCAAUUCAGAUGACUCAUGACAAUACGGCGCUCACUGUAAGCGAGAGGGAGGCUGUACGCGUGGAAGAAGAUGCGAAACGGCGCCUGCUAGCAAAUCGGAAACUCUCGCUUGUAGUUGACCUCGACCAAACCAUUAUCCAUGCAGCGGUUGACCCUACUAUUGGCGAGUGGAUGGCAGACAAAGAUAAUCCGAACCAUGCUGCCGUGAGUGAUGUGCGGGCGUUUCAAUUGGUAGAUGAUGGUCCUGGGAUGCGUGGCUGUUGGUACUAUAUUAAGCUACGACCGGGACUAGAGGAAUUCUUACAGAAUAUCUCGGAGAUGUAUGAGCUCCACAUCUACACGAUGGGAACUAGGUCAUACGCACAGGCCAUUCAUAGUAUCAUAGAUCCAGAUCGGAAGCUCUUCGGCGAUCGCAUCCUCAGUCGUGAUGAGAGUGGAAGUUUGUCCGUUAAAAACCUCCAUCGGCUGUUCCCCGUGGAUACAAAGAUGGUCGUUAUCAUCGACGACCGCGGGGACGUUUGGCGAUGGAGCCCCAACCUUAUCAAGGUUAUACCGUACGACUUCUUCGUCGGCAUCGGGGACAUCAACUCCAGCUUCCUGCCGAAAAAGCAGGAGAUGGAGACCGCCGAGGAGAAGCAGGAAGCGAGCCAAGCCCCCCCUCCCACCGAACACCAUGUCAAUGGAUCGACAGAAAAACACGACGCGACCGAUGUAUCAACCCUAGAACAGCUGGUGACCAUGGGCGGCGGAGAUAAUCCAAGGUUGCUCCAGGAACAAAGUGAUGCGCAAGACGAGACGAUAAUGCAUCAAGUCGAGGACCGUCCACUUCUGCAGAAGCAAAAAGAACUAGAUGCCGAGGAUGAAUCGGCGGAAUCCAGCGACUCAUCUGCCGUGGAAGGGUCGCAAGAUCCGUCAGAACACCGUCAUCAUCUACUAAUUGACAACGACCAAGAACUUAUCAAGCUAGCAUAUCGGCUGGAACAACUCCACACCAAGUUUUACGAUGACUAUGAGAAGAAGCGAGCGCGAGGCCUAGGAGGACGAGUGGCAGCGUUACGUGGCGAAAAGGCCAUUUCAAAGGAAAAGGACGUGGAUCUAAAACUAGUUCCUGAUGUCAAGGACAUCUUACCAGAGAUUAAACGCCGUAUCUUGGGAGAUGUAGUCAUCGUUCAUUCUGGACUAUGGAAGUUGAACGAGGACACGGCAAACCUUGAGAUUACGCACCACGCGAAAAGCUUCGGUGUCACAUUCGCAAACAAGAUUAACCAAAGAACCACCCAUCUUCUAACCGCCGGGAAGCGUACCGCCAAAUUCCAAGAAGCGACCCGAUACCCUCACAUCAAGAUCGUCCAGAAGCAAUGGCUAAUAGACAGCUUACUCCAGUGGAAACACCUAGACGAGAAGCCGUAUCUAAUUCCCAUCCACCCCAACGAGCGUGGGCCACCUAUCUCACCAAGCUCCAAGGAAGUAGCCGAGAGCUCGUGGCUCUCAUCCUCCGACGAAGUCACGGAUAACGAGGAGACUUCCGAGCUGAGUGACGACAUCCUCAAGUCUUCUGGACUCAACGAAAUGUCUACUAUUGGCUACGACGAGGACGAGGAGGCUGCUGUCCACGAAGAGCUUAAGGAAUUUCUAGGCAGUGACGACGAAAGCGAAAGCGACAGCGAGGCGUCAUUCAUGGAGCGCGACGAAGUGCCUCCCACGUCAGCUCCGGGCAAAAAACGCAAGCGCGAUGAAGGUGCCGAUACAGAAGAAGGCGACGAAGACGAUUCAGAAAUCCAACCUGAAUCGGGUGAUGCCCCUGGCUCUCGUCUCUCACAGCGUAUUAAGCGGUCAUAUGAACGGAGCACUGGGUUGAAAGAAGUCUCUAGUGCUGGCCCAGGCGGUGGUGCCUCUGCUCCUAGUAUAGGCCGCGAACCAGGCACAGAAGUUGUCGCUGGCGCGGAGGAACAAAUCCCAAAUGUCGUAUUCCCCGAGACAGAAGAAGAGGCCGUUGCAGCUCAGAAUCCAGACUCAACCUACCCUCAGGAUCCAGUAGAGGAUGACGACGAACUAGAACGCGAAAUGCUCGCUGCCUUCGAAGAAGGUGGGCACGACUCCGAAGCCGAAGAGGAAAUUGGCGAGGACAACGGCUAG